CCCAUAGUACGGGGUCGAGCCAUGUCGGACAGUGUAUAUGAGCGGUCUGGGCAGUGCACGCGCGAGUACUCCUGCCGACGCUGCUACUGUUGCCGCUGGCUGCUCUGCUGCUUCUCCUGCCGCUGCGCCUGCCACAAGUACACGGACUGAUGGAUGCUGCACUAGCUCUGGUGAUCGCGCUCGUUGCGGUGCAACAGGUAGCUGGAGAUUGCAAGAAUUGCGUAUCUCUAGGUAAAGAAGAGAAGGCGAUGUUCCGCGCGCACUCUGAAGCGUGUCUCCCAGAGUCGCACGUGGAGCCGAAGCUUCUAGAAGCGAUGCUGCGCGGGCAGCUGGUCGAUGACCCGGCGCUCAGGAAGCACGUGUACUGCGUCCUGCUCAAGUGUAAGGUGAUCGGGAAGGACGGCAAGAUGCAGAAGGCGGCGGUGCUGGGCAAGCUGGCGGCAAGGAGCGAUGGACGGAAUGUUACUAAGGUAUUGGAGAGCUGCGCUGACCAACGCGGAGACAACCCCGAAGAUCUAGCGUGGAAUCUCUUCCGUUGCGGCUACGACAAGAAAGCAGUGCUCUUCGACUACAUGCCCAUGGCCACAGAUAACGAUAGCUCAAGCUAAUCGAUUGUGUAGACACACCCUUAUCUCAAUAUGUUUUUUUAAAUUAAACCAGUCUUGU